UGUACAGGCAAGUCCUUAUUCAACCUGACCAACGGAACCUUCAACUAAUUUUGUGGCGAGAGAACCCUUCCGAGCCGCUAAAUAUUUACCAGCUUAAUACGGUAACUUUCGGUACGUCGUCGGGGGCAUUUUUAGCCAUCCGCUGUCUCAAUCAGCUGGCAAAAGAAUGUGCUGACGAAGAGGUCUCUCGCACUAUAUUAGAGGACUGUUACGUAGAUGACCUAAUUACGGGAAAUAAUGAUAAACACGCCUUAAUUGAUAUCUGUGAAAAGGUCACCGACGUACUCCAGUCAGGCUGUUUCCCGCUGCGAAAAUGGGUGUUUAACUUUGACGUUUCGCAAUUUUCCUCUUCUAAAAUAACGUCACGCGAAUUAUGUUUGGGCGAUAACUGUCAAAGUAAAACACUCGGUUUAGGAUGGACUAACAACACUGACGAGUUUCAUUACACGGCAAAGAUACAACAGGAUAAUGCUAAUGAUCCGAUAACAAAACGCAAAAUAUUAUCUGUUAUAUCACAAAUGUAUGACCCUCUCGGGCUACUUUCGCCAGCCAUAAUUAUUGCCAAAAUACUACUUCAAAAAUUGUGGCUUUGCCGUUUAGAUUGGGACUCGGAAGUACCUAAUGACGUCGCAUCAGCUUGGCGUAAAUACAUACUCACACAUACACAACACAUACAUAAUGUCCGUAUUCCUCGUUAUGUAAUGAAUGCGUCUGCGCAUAGCACACAGCUGCACUUUUUUUGCGAUGCAAGUCAAGCGGCCUACGGGACUUGUGCAUAUGUGCGUACGGUUUCGGGAGAUAAUAACGAGAGUGAACAUAUACGCUUACUGCAUGCUCCGCCUAGUCUCCUGUUGUCUACUGUCAAAGACUGCUGGUGGCCGCUCGGAGGCACUAAUUUAGCCAAGCGAGUGGUACGCACCUGUGUGACCUGCAUUCGCAUGAAGGCACAGACGUUCGCGCCUAUUAUGGGUAACUUACCUUCGCUACGUUUAGACCCAGGGUUCGCCUUUAUGAGUUGCGGAGUAGACUACGCGGGGCCAGUAUAUGUACUUAACCGUAGGGGCAGGGGUGCUAAACCUCAGAAAGCAUACAUCUGUCUGAUAGUUUGCUUCACGACGCGCGCGGUUUAUCUAGACUUAGUUACUAAUCUUAGUACUGAAGGAUACCUACUCGCACUUAAACGUUUUAUUUCGCGCCGCGGUAAGCCCAACGUCAUAUAUUCGGACAAUGGCCGCAACUUUGUAGGGGCAAUGAAAGAACUUUCAUCGUUCCUUCAAGGCCACGCUGAUAAUAUCAUUGAGUGUGCCUCUAAUGAAAAUAUUAAUUUACAUUUUAACCCCCCAUAUGCUCCCCAUAUGUCUGGAUUGUGUGAAAGAGCUGUACAGUCUUGCAAAUACCACUUGAAACGCGUUAUAGGUAACGCGAAUUUAACGUUCGAGGAAUUUAGCACGGUUUUAGCACAGGCGGAGGCCCUGCUAAAUUCCCGACCCAUGCAUCCUCUUUCCACAGAUCCUAACGACCUCUCCGCAUUAACUCCAGCUCAUUUCCUUAUUGGCCGACCGCUGACAGCACCCCCCUGCAAGGACCUGACGGCAGAAACGGGCCGGCUCCCACGCUACGAGAUGCUGGAGAAAAUGCGACAACACUUUUGGCAGCGAUGGUCGAAACAAUAUAUUUCUGAGCUGCAGACCAGAACUAAAUGGCAGACGCAAGGCCAGGACAUUGUUCUAAACGCUUUAGUUCUGGUGAAAGAAGAUAAUCUACCACCCCUCAAAUGGCGUUUGGGCCGGGUGGUAGCUUUGUUCACAGGCAACGACGGAGUGUCUCGCGUCGCUGACGUAAAAACAGCGAACGGGACCAUACGAAGGGCUUUCACCAAACUUUGCCCUCUCUUGAUGCCGCCAGAGGGCGACACUGCGCCUACCUCAUCCGCAUCACCACUACCACAUUGAAAGCGGGUGCUUUCAAGGCCGGGGGCAUGUUCGCGAGCACAGCGCCAUCUAGCGGACCUCCCAAGAAGAGGACGAGUUCCACAAACGGCCGCGCGGGGGCGCGGCGACAGCCUCUCCCACUUUACCAUCCUCUACGACACGGCACACGAGCCGCUCUCGCGAUUUUUUGCAAUUUUAUAUAGAAUCGCCAUAUAUUCAAAUAAUUGUAAUAUUUCAUUUAAUUAACUAAAAAUAAAAUCAAUUAUAAAAUCAAAAAUAAAGAAGAAGUCAUUGAAGAGUACCUGCCUGCUGUUCCUGCGAUACCUAUU